AUGACAGCAGCAACUGGUGACCAAAAGAAACAAUACGUGCUUGUACCUGGUGGUGCUGGUUUUAUUGGUAGUCAUUGUGUUAUUGAAUUGAUUACAGCUGGUUAUACACCAAUUGUAGUAGAUAAUGAAUAUAAUUCAUCAGCAGAAUGUUUAAAACGUGUUGAACAAAUUACUGGAUGUCCAAUAAUUAAUUAUAAAAUUGAUUGUCUUGAUAUUGAAAAUUUACGAAAUAUUUUUAAAAAAUAUUUAAUUUAUGCAAUAAUUAAUUGUGCUGCACUUAAAUCAGUUGGUGAAUCAGUACAAAAACCAAUUUUAUAUUAUAAAAAUAAUAUUGGUUGUUUACUUAAUUUACUUACAUGUAUGGAAGAAUUUAAUGUUAAUAAUUUUCUUUUUUCAUCAUCAGCUACUGUCUAUGGUACACCUAAAUAUUUACCACUUGAUGAAAAACAUCCAUGUAUUGGUGAUGCUAUUACUAAUCCAUAUGGUAAAAGUAAAUAUAUAUGUGAACAUAUUCUUACAGAUACAAUAGUUGCUCAUCCUGAAUGGAAUAUCAUUAUUUUACGUUAUUUUAAUCCUGUUGGUGCUCAUAAAACAGGUUUAAUUGGUGAAGAUCCUAUUGGUAAACCAAAUAAUCUUAUGCCAUAUAUUGCACAAGUAGCUGUUGGUCGUUUACCAUAUGUUAAUUUUUUUGGUACUGAUUAUGAUACUUCAGAUGGUACAGGUGUUCGAGAUUAUAUACAUGUUGUUGAUAUAGCUAUAGAUCAUAUUGCAGCAAUGAAACAAUUUGAAAUGAAUUGUGGUUUAAAAAUUUAUAAUCUUGGUACUGGUAAAGGUUAUUCUGUAUUAGAAAUG